AUGAAAACACAGGUUUGCCACGGUGCUGACGGUAUUUGGUCAUCACCCCACCAAAGUGACUCCUUUGGUGGUGAUGAGCACUCACCCUCAUCUGCCAGCCCUGUUACAUCUGUGACUCUUCCUCCUGGAUUUGAGGUGUCACCUCCGCCUGCUCCUGCUUUGACACUAUCUCCAUUGGUAGUGUCGGUGAUGACGAAGAAGAGGUCUCAUCAGGUGUCAUCGUCUUCUGUUGCCUCCUCACCUCCCUCUUCGAAGACUUCAUGGUCUAAGAAGAGGAAGGUAGCCUCUUGUCCCGUCAUGGGACUGAAGGGUCUGCCUCCUCCCACUGAGGAAGCAGUUGGUUCUCUUGUUGGCUCGCCUGUUCCUUCAGGAGUAGGAACCGUAACGCUUAACCCAGGGUCUAGCGUUGUGGGAGCCACAGGAGCGCAGACUUCGUUUCGUGCUUCUGCCUCUGAUUCUAGGGAAUUGUUCUCAGAAUUUUCAAAAUAG